AUGGAGUCUUCGCAGACAACAGUGCUCGCAUCCUCGAAUGCUAUUGUCAAUGGCAAACUCACACCCGCUACAAUCAUUAUAUCUCCUUCAACCGGUAAAAUCAUAAAUGUAUACACCGAACUGCUACCAGAGAAUUCAUUCCCAGCGGGAACAGUAUGUAAGGAUUAUUCGCCAAAGGUUCUGAUGCCUGGUUUGGUGGAUGCUCACGUCCACCUCAAUGAACCCGGCUGGAGAACGGAAUGGGAGGGAUUCGAAACGGGUACUAGAGCUGCGGCGUUUGGUGGUGUGACGACAGUGGUAGAUAUGCCUCUCAAUGCUAUCCCACCAACAACGACUGUCGAGAACCUCAAUUUGAAGGUGAAUGCGGCAAGGGGCCAAUGUUGGGUUGACGUUGGAUUCUAUGGCGGUGUGAUUCCGGGGAACGAUGGAGAUCUUAAAGAUCUAGUAAGAGAGGGUGUUAGAGGAUUCAAGUGCUUUUUGAUCGACUCCGGAGUGGAGGAAUUCCCAGCAGUAUCGACAGAGGAUAUCGCAAAGGCAAUGACAGCAUUGAAAGAUGAGGAUACUCUUCUCAUGUUCCAUGCUGAAAAGCUGCCUCCAAUUUCUUUGUCAGUCGGUGAUGCAGUUCUCCACGGUGAUGCUCCACUAGCACCAGCUGGCCCAUUAGAGUCCUACUCCACUUUCCUAGCGUCCCGCCCUCCCGCAUUCGAAACCUAUGCUCUCGCAGAGAUCGUCAACUCAGCACCAGUUGCUCCAAACCUCCCUCUCCACAUUGUCCAUCUUUCCGCCGUUCAGUGUUUGCCAAUGCUCAAAGAAGCGCAGGAAAAGGGUGUUAAGAUCACUGCAGAAACAUGCUUCCACUAUCUCGCAUUAGCAGCCGAAGAUAUCAAAGACGGUGACACGAGACAUAAGUGCUGCCCUCCGAUCCGAGAGAAGGCGAAUUCAGACGGUCUAUGGGAUGCUCUUAAGGAUGGUUUGAUCACGACCGUGGUUAGUGACCACUCGCCGUGCACGCCAAACCUAAAGCUUGUUGGCGGAGGUGAUUUCUUCCAGGCCUGGGGCGGUAUUAGCACUGUUGGCCUGGGAUUGAGCGUCCUAUGGACCGAGGGUAAGAAGCGAGGCGUUGAUUUGGUUCAAAUCAGCAAAUGGACAUCAGAAGAGACAGCGAGACAGGUUGGGUUGCUGGGUAGGAAAGGAAAGAUCGCGGUCGGUUAUGACGCAGACAUCUGCAUCUUCGACCCAGAGACCAGCUUUAAGGUCACAACUUCCGAAAUGCACUUCAAGAAUAAAAUCACACCAUACGAAGACAAGGUUCUCGAUGGAAUUGUCUGCGAGACUUGGCUCCGUGGCAAACAGAUCUACUCCAAGGAUGUCGGGUUUGACGAGGCUGCCGGUCCACUUGGUGCUCUGUUGUUAGAGAAGAGACAGCAAGAGAACGAGACUGUUGCUAUCACAACGACCUUGAGCGAUAGCAGUGAAGAUCUCAAAACCUCGAGCCUGAACGCUGCGGGUACGGUAUUGGAAGUUCUGCCGAAUUAG